AUGUCGCCUCUGGACAAUAAUAUCUUUGGAGAUAAAACAAAUCUAAAACAAAAUAUUUCAGAAGGCCAAAAACAGAUCCAGAUAGAAGAAAUCAUCCUGAAAAGCAUAAAUGAUCAGGAAAGCCUGUUCAAUCAGACAUUUUUCCAGGAAACAGCGAAAAGAGACUACACGGACUCGUAUGCUAAUGAAAUCAUAGACAUGUGUGCGGCAUACAACAUCGAAGACAUCUCGUACAACAUGCCGACCAUGGACAUGAACAGAUUUACGCCCAGCCAGUUUAUGCACAUCCCGAAGGAAGAGAGCCAUUCUAUCUCAAGGAACAUGUACAAGCAGAGAGCGCCAAAAAAGAAAGAAAGAGCAGACAACCGCCCUUUUAUAUGCACGCACACAGACUGUUUCAAGGCAUUCAAACGGUUUGAGCAUCUGAAGAGGCACUACAGGAUCCAUACGGGAGAGAAGCCAUACAAGUGUGCGUUCCACGGGUGCAACAAGACGUUUUCUCGUUCUGAUAAUCUUAUGCAACACGAAAAAAUACACUCUAGUAAAAAAAUGUAA